GCUAUAGCCCAGAACUCUGAACUGAGAGAGCGGCUGAGCAACAUUCACGCUGAGUCCAGCUGCGUCCCAGAACCCUCCACUGGGCUCAUAAACCUCUCUGGUCCCCUACAGAAGCAAGACUCCACCGAUGGAUCCCACCCCCUAGUUCACCAGGCGUCCAAUGAGAGCAGAGCGUCCAUCACAGAGUCUCUGUCAGAGUUUUUCGAUGCUCAGGAGGUUCUACUGUCUGCCAGCUCCUCAGAAAACGAGGCCUCUGAUGAUGACUCAUACAUCAGUGACAACGUCAGCGACAACAUCUCCAUGGACAACUUCAGCAACGAGACGGAGAGACCUAACUCGGGCUGUGAAGAGACCGGGGCCCUUCUGAGAAGACGCAGGUCGUGCCUCCCGUCGGCCAGCCCCAACACCAGUAACAUCAGUCUAUGGAACAUCCUUAAGAACAACAUAGGGAAAGACCUCUCCAAGGUGGCUAUGCCUGUUCAGCUGAACGAGCCCCUCAACACCCUGCAGAGACUGUGUGAGGAGCUGGAGUACAGCGAGCUGCUGGACAGAGCUGCUAACACACAGGACCCCUUUGAACGCAUGGUGUACAUAGCCACGUUUGCAGUGUCGGGGUACGCGUCCAGCUACCACCGAGCGGGAGGGAAGCCCUUCAACCCGGUCCUGGGGGAGACCUAUGAGUGUGACCGCCCCGACAAGGGCCUCCGAUUUGUAGCAGAACAGGUCAGCCAUCACCCACCUAUAUCAGCAUGCCACGCUGACUCUAAAAACUACAUAUUCUGGCAAGACAUGAGGUGGAAAAACAAGUUCUGGGGGAAGUCUAUGGAAAUAGUUCCUGUGGGCACCACCCAUGUGAUGCUGCCAGGGUUUGGGGACCACUAUGAGUGGAACAAGGUCACGUCCUGCAUCCACAACAUCCUGAGUGGGCAGCGCUGGAUAGAACACUAUGGAGAGAUCUCCAUCAGGAACACCAGCACUGAUAUCUGCCAGUGUAAGGUCACCUUCAUCAAGGCCAAGUACUGGAACUCGAGUGUUAACGAGGUGGAGGGCACCAUCACAGACCACAAGGGGAAGGUCAUCCACAGACUGUUUGGGAAGUGGAACGAGGGGGUGUACUGUGGAGACCCCCCCUCUGCCACCUGCAUCUGGAGAGCCAAUGCCAUGCCGGCUGACCACGAGCAGUACUACGGCUUCACUAAGUUUGCUAUGGAGCUCAAUGAGCUGGACCCUUCACUGAAACUGCUGCUGCCUCCCACAGACACCCGGCUACGGCUCGACCAGAGGCUGCUAGAGGAGGGCAACGUAGAGGCAGCAGAGGAACAGAAACAGAAGAUAGAACAGCAGCAGAGAGACAGACGCAGAGUCCUGGAGGAAAACACCAUGACACAUCAACCCACAUUCUUCAGGAAAUCAAAGGACGACACCUGGGUUAGCAACAACACUUACUGGGACCUGAGAAGGGAUCCAGGCUUUUCCCACCUGGACUGUCCUGUGUUGUGGUGACCUGAGGAGGGAACCAGGCUAUCCCCACCUGGACUGUCCUGUACUGGGGUGACCUGAGGAGGGAACCAGGCUAUCACCACCUGGACUGUCCUGUGUUGUGGUGACCUGAGGAGGGAACCAGGCUAUCCCCACCUGGACUGUCCUGUAUUGGGGUGACCUGAGGAGGGAACCAGGCUAUCCCCACCUGGACUAUCCUGUAUUGGGGUGACCUGAGGAGGGAUCCAGGCUUUUCCCACCUGGACUGUCCUGUGUUGUGGUGACCUGAGGAGGGAACCAGGCUAUCCCCACCUGGACUGUCCUGUAUUGGGGUGACCUGAGGAGGGAUCCAGGCUUUUCCCACCUGGACUGUCCUGUGUUGUGGUGACCUGAGGAGGGAACCAGGCUAUCCCCACCUGGACUGUCCUGUAUUGGGGUGACCUGAGGAGGGAACCAGGCUAUCACCACCUGGACUAUCCUGUGUUGUGGUGACCUGAGGAGGGAACCAGGCUAUCACCACCUGGACUGUCCUGUGUUGUGGUGACCUGAGGAGGGAACCAGGCU